CUCCUCCUCCUUUUCUUCCUUGUGGUUCUGUGGUCAAGGUCCAGCUAGAAGAAAGUCUACACUGGCUGCGUAAGACGCGCCCACUCCUGGUUGCGCACUUCUUGCAAUAGAAGGAAACCAAACCUGCUGAGCAUCCAGAGAGAGGUUUGCAUGGGAAGGAUAAGACUGUUCUGCUCCUAAAAAAAAACUCAGUUUGGAAAUUUCAUCGCGCAGAGAUGGUUAUGCAAAGGAUUUUUCGUGCUGUCAUUAUGGGACCUCCCGGGUCUGGGAAAGGAACGGUGUCUUCGCGCAUAACCAAAACUUUUGGACUGAAACACCUCUCCAGUGGGGACAUAUUGAGAGCUAACAUUAACAACAAAACCGAGCUGGGUCUGCUGAUGAAGACCUAUAUUGAUCAGGGCCAGCUGGUCCCCGAUUACGUCAUGUCUCGUCUCAUCCUGAGUGACCUGAGAAAAAUAGACCAGAGCAGCUGGCUGCUCGAUGGUUUCCCUCGUACAGUCUCCCAGGCUGAGACUCUGGAUGAUGCCUGCAGUGUGGACACAGUCAUCAAUCUCAAUGUACCUUUCCAGACCAUCGAACAGAGGCUCACCUCACGCUGGACUCACCUUUCCAGCGGCAGAGUCUACAACACAGAUUUCAACCCACCUAAAGUCCCUGGUUUUGAUGAUGUGACAGGGGAGCCUCUGGUUCAGAGGGACGAUGACAAACCAGACACGGUCGCACGGAGACUGAAGGCCUAUAAAAACCAGACAGAGCCGGUCUUAGAGUACUACAGGAGUAAAGGCGUGCUUAACAUCUUCUCUGGGACAGAAACCAACAAGAUCUGGCCGCAUGUCGAGGAUUUCCUCCACAGAAAACUCUCCUCCGCGGAACAGAAAGUUGCAUAGAACAAAAAGGUCGUUAGAAGUUUACGGGCAGCAGUCACUCUAUGCAUCGUCCAAUCAGGUGCCACUUUUUUUGUGAAACAAGAGGAGAGCCGUCUGUGUGAUAAUAUAUUAUGAAUGUUCAAAAUGAGAAGCAAGCUCAUCCAGUUUUAUGUCUCGAUGUAAGACUGUAGAACUCCACUGAUGCACUGAACAACACAAUGUUGAUGACGUUAGUCUGGGAAACACUCAGGAUGCCAGCA